AUGCGCUCCUCCAUUGUCCUCGUCUCUGCCUUCGCGGCCGCGGCUCUUGGCCAAAACUCCACUUCUUACACCUUCCCCGCAGGGUUCAACAUUGGCCUGGUCAAGCCCGAUGAGCUGAACUCCUGGUGCACCGGUCAGCGCAAUGUCUGCCCCGAUAUCUGCCAGAGCGGAACCAAGCAAAACACUUGCGACCCGAAAACCCUUGUGUACAACUGUGUGUGCUCCGACGGAUCAACUCCCGAUGUCACUCCAUACAUCCAAACCGUCCCCUUCUACGUCUGCCAGGCCAAUUUCGCGCAGUGUAUUGAGGCUCACCCCAACGAUGCCGAUGGCCAGAAGACCUGCAAGGAGGCUGCUCACUGCGGUAGCAAGAACGCCAGUUCCAUCAGUACUACCACUACCGCUUCAUCUUCCGCUACCACCACUCUCGCCAUGACCACUUCUACCGACUCGAACUCGGACUCCAGCCAGACCUCGUCCUCCGUGGCUGCGGCCGCCACCACCAGCAAUGCGGCCAUUGCCAUGGGUGAGGGCUCUUACUCGACCGGUGUCUUGGCCGGUGCCAUGUUCCUGGCUAUCCGCAUGUUCCUGUGA